AUGCCUACAUUAGCCCUGAUCAACUUCAAUAUUGUCUGCGCCACACUGGGGGGCUUCAUCUCCCUCUUCGGACUGGUAUCCUAUCUGUGCAAAGAACAGUUUUACCUGUCGGAAGCAUUGAUCUCCCUGCUUGCCGGCGUGGCAUUCUCACCCCACGCAGCAAACUUGAUCAGACCCGAGGACUAUGCGAUGCACUCGCAGCAAAACCUCGAGGCAAUCACCCUGCACUUCACCCGGCUCGUUCUGGGUGUCCAGCUUGUCCUCGCCGGAGUCCAACUGCCUAAACGCUAUUUGCAGAUCGAAUGGCGCAGCCUCGGUCUUCUCCUGGGGCCCGGCAUGGCGGCCAUGUGGAUGUGUAGCAGCUUGGUGAUCUGGGCGAUGGUCCCCAACUUCAAGUUCCUGCACGCCUUGAUCGUGGGUGCUUGUGUCACUCCCACGGACCCCGUGUUGUCCAACUCGAUUGUGAAGGGAAAAUUCGCCGAUAAGCAUGUUCCACGUGGACUGCAGAGGAUCAUCAUUGCCGAGUCUGGCGCCAAUGAUGGUCUUGGAUACCCCUUUCUCUUCUUCGGUAUCUAUCUCCUCCAGUAUACUGGGAUGGGGGCGCAGAGCUAUAGUGGCGGCGCGGGGAAAGCGAUGGGGCUGUGGUUCUACGAGACAUGGGCCUAUACGAUUCUUCUCAGCGUUGCCUAUGGCACUGUGGUUGGGUGGAUUGCGAGGAAGCUGUUGCAUUGGGCGGAAGAGAAGCACUAUGUUGAUCGAGAGAGCUUUUUAGUGUUUGCGAUUGCCCUUGCAGUAAGUUGGUACCCCGAAGCCAGGUGUUCUAGGCUAAUCUUUCCCAAGCUAUUUGUCGUGGGAACCUGUGGGUUGAUAGGGACAGAUGAUCUGCUUGCCUGUUUCAUUGCUGGGAAUGUGUUCACGCAGGAUGACUGGUUCCGCCUUGAAACCAUGGACGAUUCUCUCCAACCGACCAUUGACAUGCUCCUCAACCUGUCUGUAUUCAUGUGGUUUGGAGCCGUAUGCCCAUGGUCAUCCUUCCUGAACAACAGCGUCAUCCCCAUCCACCGGCUUAUAUUCCUGGGAAUUCUGAUCCUGCUCGUCCGCCGACUACCAAUCGUCUUCGCGAUGCACAAAUGGAUCCAACAGAUCGAGCUCGUCUCCCAAGCCGCAUUCGUUGGCUUCUUCGGCCCCAUCGGAGUUGGCGCCAUCUUCUACCUCUCCAUCAGUCUUGAAUUUUUACGCGAGAUUAAAGUCGACGGCGAGAUCCCAGAAGACGUCAAACACGUCAUGGAAACCAUUCAAAUCGUAGUCUGGUUCCUUGUCAUCUGCAGCAUCGUCGUGCAUGGACUCUCAGUCCCCCUUGGAAAAGCCGGGUAUCAUCUCCCACGCACCAUCUCCAGCGUGAUCAGCACCAGUACGCACGAGGAGCAGGAACCGAUUCCGAUCUCAAAUAUCCGACACACGCAUAGCACGGCGACUCCUCUCACUGUGGGCGAGGACUCGAGCUACCGGAGUCGCAAGCGUGGGUUUCGGUUCCGAAGCGCAACACCUCACCGGCCGGUCUUUCGUACUGGAGGCUCGGUGAUUCUUGAUCGCUCGCCAUCCAAUCAGCCGGGUGUCGGCGAGUCUGAUGAGCCUGAGAGACCGGUCCAUUUGGUACAUCACAAGUCGAGAGAAAGUGAGGUUCGGCCUUAG